AUGGAAGUGGACGCCAUUGUUAUCGGAACCGGACUUACUGAAUCGAUAGCUGCCGCAGCGCUGUCCAAGGCAGGAUACUCGAUCGCACACAUUGACGCGAACCCUUACUACGGGGGAGACGAUGCAUCUCUCACUCUUGACGAACUUGUAGAGUGGGCGGAUCGCCGUUCUACGGCGUCUGGGCUCCAGGAUGCAUACCAAUCUGCACAGCUCGCGAAAUUUACUUCGAUUAUCCGCUCGCCGUCAGUACCGUCUCAGUCGCGGCAGUACUCAUUGUCUCUUGCGCCCUCUAUCAUACCAUCUGUUGGUCCCCUCAUUGGCACCUUGAUUACUUCCGGUGUCUCGCGGUAUGGCGGUUUCAAGCUGCUUGAACGAGUAGCAAUUUUCGAUGCUCCUGGUCGCGUUAAGCCCGUUCCCGGAAGUAAAGAGGACGUGUUCAAGGACAAGGAGCUUUCACUUCUUGACAAACGGCGUUUGAUGCGCUUCCUCAUGUUUGCCGGGGGCGAUUUUGAGGGCAAGACGGAGCUUGAAGGUAACGAACAGACGCCGUUCAUAGCUUUCUUACACGACAAAUUCUCGUUGGACAAUCAGACUGCUGGUGCAAUUGCGUUCGCCCUUGCAUUCUGCAUGUCUGACACAGAUCCAACUCUUCCUGCUCUUCAGCGUGUACGACAAUAUCUCCGUUCUGCUGGGAGGUACGGCUCAUCGCCCUUCCUCGUUGGGCACUAUGGUGGUAUCGGCGAGAUAGCACAGGGCUUUUGUCGCACCGCUGCGGUCAACGGCGCAACGUACAUUCUCGGGCGCCCGAUCUCGACCGUUUCUUCGCUAUCCGAUCCGGAACCAUCUUCGUCCUCUGGCAAGAGAUGUAACAUUGAACUCGAGGGGCUCGCUGAGCAGCUUCAUUCCGAUCUUGUCCUCUCGGGACCAGAUUACAUUACCCCGCCGCUCUUGUCUCGAGAGGGACCUGCAACGAUCACAUCUUGUAACAGCUAUGCAAUUGCUCGCUGUAUUGCCAUCAUUGACUACCCUAUCUCGUUCUCUACUACCGGUCCUUCCGGAGAGAAUGAACUUACCGCCAGUGCAGACAUCGCAGCGCCGACUGGGGAACCUGAUGAAGUUCAGGAGGAGAUAUCUAAUCCCGUUGUGGAUACAGCUCUUCUGGUGUUCCCCCCAUCAAGUCUCCCUGACGGCUCUGCGAACGUUGCGGCCCAGGUGCUCAUCACAGGUGAAGGCAGCAUGUCGACACCAAAGGACAAAUGGGUUCUGUACAUUUCCCUGCCACUGCUUGAUGCUGAGGCGCGUACGCAGACUGCAGAGCACCUCCUCCGUCCUUAUGUCGACGCAACACUCUCCCUCACCACUCGCCCCUCGGACUGUGAUGCACCGCAUGCCCUCUUUACGCUCUUCUACAUCCAGCAGCCUCCCACCAGUUCGCCGUCUGUGGAAGCUCAUUCUGCUCUGCUGCUCACCCCACCAUGUGCGCCGCUCAUGUCCGAGAGGGGUGACUCAGCUGCGACUGAGGCGGAAACCAUGUUCUGGAAGGCGGUCGGUGCCCUUAAAGCUGCGGGAAGGCGACCAAGAGCAAAGGACGGUGAAGAAGCCGGCAGAGAUGAAGCGCGAGACGUGGGGGCGUUCUGGCCCCCGCUGGAUGCUGCGGCAGAUGAAACAGGAGAUGACUGGUGA